CGCUGUUUUACGUUUGGCUCUCGGCUGCUCUCGGUUCUUCCUCGUGCCUCAUCGGUAUUCCUGGGCAACCCUCGGCGCGCGCCCCCAGUUCAGCAGCAGCAGCAGCAGCAGCAGCGGCGGCCACGGCACGCGCAUCUUCGGGGAGAGGAAAGGGCAUCUGCAGAGCUCGAGACGCUUCUGAAGAAGAGCGGGAAUGACGCCAUGAUCUCGCACCGUGUGUGAUGGAGGAAACGUUUUGGUAGUUGGCGCUGCCGUGGCUGAUGUGGCGUCGCGUGAGGAGCCUCAACACCACCAUGAAGCUGCUGUUUGUGCUCGCGCUCUUGUGGCGCGAGACGCUGUGCGGAUCUCCGAGCGUCCAGAUCGGUGGUUUAUUCCCCAGGGGUGCAGAUCAGGAGUACAGUGCAUUCAGAGUUGGCAUGUUUCAGUUUGGGAUGGCAGAUUUCAGACUUACUCCACACAUAGAUAACCUGGAGGUGGCCAACAGCUUUGCUGUCACUAACUGCUUUUGUUCCCAGUUCUCUCGAGGUGUCUACGCCAUUUUUGGCUUCUACGACAAGAAGUCGGUAAAUACCAUCACAUCCUUUUGCGAGACACUCCACGUCUCCUUCAUCACGCCGUCUUUCCCCGCAGAAGGGAUGAAUCAGUUUGUUCUCCAGAUGAGGCCGGACAUCAAGGGGCCGCUGGUUUCAUUAGUGGAGUACUACAAAUGGGAAAAGUUUGCCUAUCUCUACGAUAGUGAUAGAGGUCUUUCUACUCUUCAGGUAAUACUGGACACUGCAGCAGAGAAGAAAUGGGUUGUCACAGCGAUAAAUGUAGGAAACCUGAAAGAUGAGAGGAAGGAUGAAGCGUACCGCUCCCUGUUUCAGGACCUGGAAAUCCGUAAGGAGCGACGCAUCAUCCUGGACUGUGAACAAGACAAAGUCAAAGACAUCAUGGAACAGGUGAUCACUAUAGGCAGACAUGUGAAAGGAUACCACUAUAUCAUCGCUAACUUGGGUUUUGUAGAUGGUGACCUCUCUAAAAUCCAGUAUGGAGGUGCGAACGUGUCUGGGUUUCAGAUAGUAGAUUUUGAUGAUCCUGUGGUGGCAAAGUUUGACCAACAAUGGGAGGCCCUGGAAGAGAAGGAGUAUCCUGGAGCUGAUGCACGUAUCAGAUAUACCUCUGCCCUCACCUAUGAUGCUGUGCACGUGAUGACGGAGGCGUUCCGCUUUCUUCACAAGCAGAGAAUAGACAUGAGUCGUCGCGGCAACAGUGGGGACUGUCUGGCCAAUCCAGCGGUUCCCUGGGCACAGGGGGUGGAGAUUGAACGUGCCCUCAAACAGGUGCGUGUAGAUGGUUUAACAGGGAACAUUCAGUUUGACCAGUACGGGAAGAGAAUCAACUACUCAGUGACAGUCAUGGAGUUGAAGAACAAUGGACCUGUUAAGAUUGGCUAUUGGAAUGAGGUGGAUAAAAUGGUGGUGACAAAGUCCGACCUUUACCCCAACGACACCAUGGGAAUGGAAAACAAGACAGUCAUCGUCACAACUAUACUGGAAGCCCCCUACGUGAUGAUGAAGAAGAAUUCUGAGCUAUUUCAAGACAAUGACCGUUAUGAAGGUUACUGCGUUGACCUGGCCGCAGAAAUUGCAAAGCACUGUGGUAUACGCUACCAGCUAAGGAUUGUGGGAGAUGGCAAAUAUGGAGCAAGAGAUGCAGAAACCAAGAUCUGGAAUGGCAUGGUUGGAGAGCUGGUGUAUGGGAAAGCAGAUAUCGCAGUCGCCCCUCUGACCAUCACUCUUGUCCGUGAAGAGGUGAUAGAUUUCUCCAAACCCUUCAUGUCUUUGGGAAUCUCCAUCAUGAUCAAGAAGCCACAGAAAUCCAAACCAGGAGUCUUCUCCUUUCUGGACCCACUGGCCUACGAAAUCUGGAUGUGCAUUGUCUUUGCCUAUAUAGGAGUCAGUGUUGUUCUCUUUUUGGUAUCCAGAUUCAGCCCCUAUGAGUGGACUCUAGAAGAACCAGAGGACGGAGCAUUGCCGCUGACAACCGAAUCCACCAAUGAGUUUGGGAUCUUUAACUCCCUUUGGUUCUCUUUGGGGGCUUUCAUGCGGCAGGGUUGUGACAUCUCACCAAGGUCUCUGUCAGGUCGUAUAGUUGGGGGGGUGUGGUGGUUCUUCACUUUGAUCAUCAUCUCAUCAUACACUGCUAACCUGGCUGCCUUUCUGACGGUGGAGAGGAUGGUUUCUCCCAUCGAGAGCGCUGAAGACCUGGCCAAACAGACAGAGAUAGCGUAUGGAACCCUGGACUCUGGAUCCACCAAGGAGUUCUUCAGGCGCUCUAAAAUCGCCUUGUUUGACAAGAUGUGGCAGUACAUGAAAUCAGCAGAGCCUUCCGUCUUCGUCAAGAAAACGUCGGAGGGCGUCCUGCGUGUCAGGAAGUCCAAAGGGAAGUACGCCUACCUGCUGGAAUCCACGAUGAACGAGUACAUCGAGCAGAGGAAACCUUGCGACACAAUGAAAGUGGGAGGAAACCUGGACUCCAAAGGCUACGGCAUCGCUACACCUAAAGGAUCUCCAUUAAGAGUGCCAGUAAACCUUGCCGUAUUGAAACUGAAUGAGCAAGGGACCCUAGACAAGAUGAAAAACAAGUGGUGGUACGAUAAAGGAGAGUGUGGCUUCAAGGACUCCACCAAUAAGGAGAAGACCAGCGCCCUGUCUCUCAGUAACGUAGCAGGAGUCUUCUACAUAUUGGUUGGAGGUCUGGGUCUGGCCAUGAUGGUAGCGCUGGUAGAGUUCUGCUACAAGAGCCGUGCUGAGGCCAAAAAAAUGAAGGUGGCAGCCAACACCUUGUCGUCCCCCCAGCACACAGGAAACUACACACACACUUUGUCUUCUCCUCAACAUGCCCCCAACUUCAACCUGCUGUCCCCCAGCCACCAGCCAAACUACGCCACGUAUAAAGAGGGCUACAACGUUUACGGCAUUGAGAGUGUCAAGAUCUAACUCGGAUGAAAUUCACAGAUGCAAUGCGCUCCAAAGCUCGUCUAUCCAUCACAGGAUCGACCGGUGAGAAUGGUCGUGUCCCGGUGGCUUACCUCCGUCCAGGAUUACCCAUGAGCCUCAGCAUGACUGAUCUCUCCUGACCACACCUGAGCCAGUGCCUUACAGCCAAUCAACACACAUCCUCCCUCCCCCUCUGAAAGUGAGUGGAAAUGCUUGUCAUUUCCUUCGGUGACCAAUUACCACUCACCGUGGGUGAUCUGCCCUGAUUUGCAUCCCGGAGUUUAGCCAAUCAUAUCUCUCUGAGGAUCUCUAAGACUGGACAUAUGUUGUCCUCCCUCCACUUGGCUGUCAGGCUUUAGCAAAGACCUGCCUAGUGAAUCACUCGACCAUCAGCGAGAACGAUUGCUGCUCAUUUACAAUUCAUGAAAAACAAUCAAGCACAGUGGACAGUUUUCUAAACAAACACACAUCAUUGUUUUGUAGAUUUUUGCCAUGGAGGCUAUAGAAAGUAAGGAUGAACAGUGAUGCUGACGUUAACGCAAUAACAACAUUAAUCAGGGAUGGAAUCAGGAAUUGUGGGUAUAAAAGCAGAAUCUUGGUUUAAAUGAGUUUGAGUGCUAUGAACAAAAACUGACAUCCUGAAAAAUCGCAUCCAUGAAAUAAUAGUAAUUGUAAUAGCAAAUAAUGAUGUUAUUGUUCUUAAUUGUUUUCCUUAUUGCUAGCUGAGAAUCCCUAAUAAGUACUUUUACCUAACCCAAGAGAUGCAUGGAUUGACACACAUAUAUACACACACACACACACACACACACACAGACACUAUACACAGGGAUGGGCAAAAACGAGUCAAAAUGUAUGUUGAUACAAAAUAAUCAACUUAUUUGAAAGCCCCCUUGUGUUGGAUUUGAGCAUUUCUGACUUUGACACUGGUCACAUCAAAAAACAUCACCAUAUGCAACCUUUGGACGUUGACAAUAACAACACAUCGACUGCACCAGUUCGACUCUUUUUUCUACAAAAACACGUAAGCCAUCACAAACGUUUGAAAGACACUAUAAACACGUAACAAUCCUUUACCUUUUUAUGAUAAAUCACUCGUUCUGUAGAUGGACUGAAUUAUCAAACAAAAACUCAAAAACAUUAACUUUACGAGUAUUCAGAUACAAAUGUACUACUUUAUUUGAUAAGUUAGCAUUUGGUUAAUGGUGUUACUACUGUGCUUACGAUAUUAACAGCAUCCUAUUAAUGUUUUGUGGUGUUUAUACUCAAGUAUUACUGUAAAUGACUGACUCACUAGUCUACAUGUGGCUGUCGUUUAUGCUUAACACUCUUCUACCAUAUGAUAUGGAUAUGUCACAUGGCAGAAGGAUAUUAUAGCACUUAUAGGUCGCGUGAAAUCAGUUUUUAUUAUCCAGUGUUAACAGCAUUACAUUGAAAGCUGUAGUGCGUAACUUUUUGAUAUUAAUGAACAUCAGUUACAUUCAAGUAAUUGCCAAAUGAGUUGCUACAAAGCUAAUUAAGACUCAGAUCAUGAAGAUCAGCUCCACAUAACUCUCUGUAUUUCUUACUAUGUUCAGAAGAUUGUGUCAUCCGGUGACUUUCCUGCGCAGAAACUCGAGUGAAGAUAAUGACCUCUUCUGAAGAGUCCAUCAUGUUUUUUUAAUCCUCCGUGUCCUCCUUGGCUGUGUGGAGGAGGGGAGGGGGGGUGGUGCGCGAUCACGGAAGGCUUGUAUCAUGUGGACGCGCCAACAGUUUUGUUGUCAUUACUUAGAAUUCCUCAUGGGGGAGACAGAAACUACGCACUAUAGCUUUAAUGGAUUUAUUUGGUAAGAUAUUACCUAGGGUCAGUCUAGGGUCAGACAAUGGACCUGGAAUAAGUCCCCAUCAAAGAACACAAGGUGUGUUCAGGGGCGUCGGCUCUGUGGUAGAAUUGAGUGUGCAACAACUUGUCUGCUUGAGCCGUGCAGUGAAAGUGUGAUGACAGCAGCAGUUAGUCCUCCAUCAGUGUCUACAUUAGCUGUGAAGAUUAGCAUAAGGAAAAUAGAUUUGAAGCUAGAAAUUAAGCUGCAAGUGUGGACUGCUGUAUUUAUUAUUAAUUGUAAAGGUAUCUGUUACAUCAGGCGUGCAUGAGACUGACGUGACGACUGACACGUGCUACCAAGGCAUCUGUUGUAGUCAGUGUUUUAAACAGCUGGCUGCCAGCCUAAAUAUCAGUUAUUGUUCUGUCAUUCACAAUAUGCAGAAAGUGUCCAAAUAUUUGGACUGGGGCAAUGAGGAGGAGGGGAAGAGCGAGGGGACAGAAAGUGUGGAUAAGUGGCAAGCUGGUCCCAGAAAAAUACACAGCAUGGCUAAUGAGUUUAUACUGUCUUUAGAUUUGCUAAUAUCAGUACAUUUCACAUUGCAGUUGACAUGUUAAAUAUGCUUCUCACGCAUCUUUUAGGAAAAUGACUGAGUGUGUUUGGCCUGCAGCCAGCUGUAUGCUUUUUUAAGAAUGCUACAGCACUGCUCAUCAUGCAACACACAUUGAUAUUGAACGCACGCAGUGCACCUUAAUGUGUUGAACAGGCUCAGCACAGAGAAACAUUGUAACACAGAAAGAAGAAAUGCAACUGAUGUAAUGCAUAUAGUGUCAGGCUGAGGCUGUCCCUGGUUAGGCUUUUACAUGAGCUGAACGAAUGGGUGAAAGUACAAUGUUAUGCAGAAUGGAAACUGUAUUUCAUGAGGUUGAGAAUAAAGACAACACAGGACUACUCCUAUAACUCACUAGUCUGGCUCCAAAAACACACAAUCCUCCAGUCAGACAAUCCAACCCAGUAGUGUUACUACAUACUGUAUGAGGCUUCCUGACUGCUGAAUGCCCAUCACUCUCUAUCUAUGCCCCUGGUCUGUAGCACAGGCCUUCUGUAGUCUCAUCAAUAACCAUCAUCUAGUACCUUGCAAUAGUGGUCUGAGAGCUGUGGCGUUUCUGAUCCUCCUGUUUGAGCCUCGUCAACAUUUCUUCGUUUCAUAUGGCCUCUGCAGCUUUAUUUGAUCAUCAUAUAUACAGUAUACAGCAGCUGGCACUUUGCAGUUAAAGUGCUGUUUUAUGCACCCUAGAAAUCGUCGUUUUAAGUUUUCUCUUUUUACAAAAUUAAACAUUUUAAUUUCAUUUUGCAGUAGAGUUAGCUGACUUUAUUCAAAUUUAAAAUAUUUAAUUUAAAUUAAACACAUAAUCAGGAAAUGCAGGCCUUAGAGUCCCAGUUAGCUUCGGGAAACUUGACCUUAUGGGAAAAUGCCCUAUCCUCAUUAAAUAACGAGAGGAUCAGAAAGAAGUUAAAUGAACACUCAGAAUUUCUUAGUGAGAUAUCCAGACAACAUAUCUACCCUUAAAGCAUCCAUCCAAGACAUUUCUUUCUAUAUCUCAAGAACAAAUGGAACAAUAGGAUCACAUAUUUCAGAAAUGAAUUUGUAGUCAGAAAACAUAUACAACUGUUUUCACAUGCUGAUGAGGACUAAAUUGGCGGAGUGUAAAUCUAGUAGUUGAGAUCCAUGUUCCCAUGGUGCCCAGCCCUGUCUAUAGGUCAGUCCACACAGACACACAGAACAUCAGCACACACGGACUGAUCACUCAUCAUACAUGCACAUAGUAUUGCCAUACGAGUUCUGAAGCCAACUGGAUGAUGUGCCAAACAGACUGAAAACCAAUCAGAGCUCUCCAUGCUCAGCCAAUGGCAGCUGCUGAUUCUGAAACCUGAGCCAAUAGGAGCUCUCACGGCUGUGAGGCGGACGAGAAACUGUGAAAAAAGACUUUCCUUUUAAUAAAUACACUGCACCGAGGACGGCCACGAAGACGGAGAGAGGACGAAGACAGGACGGCAACGUUUGCAUGUCACUUUGAGUUUUUUCUUUCAGAUGAACAUGUCAGCCUGGCUGCAUUUAGUGUUUAUAAUGAUAGUAAUAAGAAUAAUAUUAACAAUAUUAAUUACAGUAAUAAUGUGGUUCUUGUUAUGUAUAGUGUAUGUUUUUAAGAACUCAAGUCUGCCAUUUCCUUUCAUCAGGAGGCUGUUCUUUGUGCUGUUAGUUAGAAGCUAGCCGGUUAGCUGACAAAGCUUCUCCUACAACACGACAAAUGGCCGAGACGUUUAAGUGAAGCUGAAAAUGUCAAGGUGUCUUCCGCUACUUCCAUUUCUUUUCAUGGACUCAUAUCAUUUUUGCAAUGACCACAUGUGGUAAUUAUCAUGAGAUGUCCAUGAUGUUAAUAUCAAGUGAUUAAGGAGUUACCAAAUGUGAAAAUGAUCACUCUUCACUUCCCAACUUGCUCUGGUAUAAUUUUAUUUUCUAUUAAAUUCAUACCUUUUGACCAAUAUCUUGAUAGUUGCUUUUCAACAGAGAAAAUUAAGUAUUGGACAAAUGGACAACCCAGAAAUAUAGUGCAAGUUAUUUUUGACAUAUUACCACAUGUAUUAACAGAUAUUAUAUUGACAGUUUCUGUGUGAUCUGAACAUUUUCAGUGUAUAUUAAACAUGCCUGCCCUUCAAAUGUUUUUCUAAAAACCACACAGACAUUAAACGACACUCUAACAUAGACUGUCCUCAAAUGAAAA